GUCUCCUAGCAACGGCGAUGGACCGAGAAGUGGAAGGUCGCGAGUACCUGGCGCAGCACAAAAUCCCUGAGCUUCUGUAUCACCUGAGCGCGUUGCUGCUGUAUCACCGACCAGAUAGGCCAAGAGAGUUUUUGAUAAAGACCUUGGAAAAAAUAAAGUUUGCAAAACUGACCGGUAUGGAAUAUCCCAAUCUUAUGGAUGAAUCAAACUUGGAUGCUAUGUUUGAAAUGCUGGAUGUUGCAGGCCAAGGCUACAUAAGUUUAGCACAGUACAAAGGAGCACUUGAAUCUUUGGGAUUGAGUAGUCAAGAUGAAAUUUAUAAAGAAACUGAUCUAAUUACACCAAUUGUCUUCAAGCAAGAUGUGUAA